AUGAAACGGCACCACGACGAAGAGGACGGCGAGGCACCGAAACGGCCCAAGACGGGCGCGCCAUCCCUCCACCAGCACCAGAAUGCCGCCGUCGAUCCGACAUGGGGUCAAAAGUACGUCUUUUCCAACGUCGGUGAGAUGACGACGAUCCCCCUCGGGGAAGAGUCCGACUUUGAGGACGACGCCGACGCCAUGGCCUAUCUCCUUUCCGUGAGGCAAGUUUUUCUGGCUCCGUCUUGGCGAUGGACGGCUGACUCGUCCAGACACGAGGCCACUGGCAUCCCCCAUCUGCUCGCGGCCCCUGCCACGCAGAUUGGCCCCCAGCUACCGCCCGAGCUCCAUGGGCAAGCCCCCGUCGGCAUCGACGAGAGAGGGUGGUAUGAAGAUGGUGCCUUCAUCGCACGGUCCGACUCGCCCGUCGAGGACGCGAGCACCGAGCUCCAGGAUGCCUAUUGCCAACAUGUCCUCGCCCGAUACCGUCGACUCCGAGGCGUGCUGCGGACGGAGCUGCCGGCCAACGAGGCGAAGCGCACGUCGUGUGCCUUCCAGACCACGGCCGCUCCCCUCGGUCCCAAGUCCUCGACCCACAGGGUCUGGUCCAACCUGCUGCGGACCACGGACCCGCACCCGAAGCAGCUGGCCGUCAUGUCGAAGCACUCGGUCAUCCGCAUCCUCCGCGUCCUGCUCGGCGGCAAGUUUCUGCAUCAGGGGUACACGCUUUCGGAGAGGACGAGCCAGUGGGUCUGGGGCCUGCUCGCCCGGCUGCCGGAGCCGUGGGAGCUGGACCACUCGGAGAUUGGCUGGAUUCGCGACCUCGGACGCCGUGCCGUGCUUCUGGGACGCAGCCUCGCCGAGAUGGCCGCCUUGAGGGACGAGGUCGACCUGGGGGUGCACGAGAGCGAAAGCGAGGCCGAGGACCUGGACGAAGCUGGCGAGGUGGACGAUGUCGAGGGCGGGACCGGACCGGCCGACGACGUCACGGCCCGUGAAGUGGAGCGAGCACGCACGACGACGACGACGGGCGACGAAAGCAGAGGCGAUGGAGAGUGCCGGGACGAUGAUGGCGAUGCACGGGCCGCCGACGCCGACGACGAAUCCGUCGCCAUGGAGCUCUCGGACGGCGAGGACGCCCUCGAAGCCGCCAAGGCUGCCUUCCUGUCCCGGCUGGAGCCGCCGGACGGCCAGGAGGAGGCGAAGCUGCGUUUGCGCAUCAACAUGCGCGCGACCCUCACCAUGAUCCUCACCGUGGCGGGCGAGUUUUACGGGCAGCGGGACCUGCUCAGCUUUCGGGAGCCCUUUGUGGGCAUGUAA